AUGGCAGUUUUAUAUCGUACAUCGCACGGCAAAGCUGGCAAGCGGGGCGGAAAAGACAUGUCGAAUGUUAUGGAUGUCGAAGAAAACUUCGUACCUGUAAACUCGCGCGAGGAUAUUGAGAAAGUUAUGGCCAAUUCUGGAGACAAAAAGAAAUCAAAAUACUUUAAAAAGCUGUUUGAGUUUUUGGGAGGCGGGGAUAGCCCGGUUGAAGCGGUCGAAUUAGCCCUGGGCAGGGACACUACUUUGAAGGAGACACAAUUAACUGUCUUGUCCAUUUUUUCCUUGUGGGUUGACGAGUUAAAUUGUCAAACAGUGGUAAGGAUUUUGUAGUGAAAUAGUGAAUUAUUGUGUUUUAAAUAGUGGUCUUUACUCUAACGAGAAAAUUUAAAGACAAAUAAAACAAAAUAGAUUGAAAGCAUCAAAACAAAGAGCACCUAUUUGCACUUUAUUGCACGCAUAUUUAUAAUUUUUUUUUCUGGGGGGGGUCCAAAAACCUUAAAAAGGGGGGAGAUGCUGUCACAACUUCAAAAAAAUAGUUGAAAAUUGUGGUUUAGUCUCUUGUCCAGUAAAUUUUUGACUAAGGUAUUUAAUUUUGUGUGUGUAAAUUUUGUGAGGUUUUUAGUCAGGUGACUGUAUUUUUUCAAAUUUGCACAAAAUUAAGUAUAAAUAUUAAGGUAGUUAUGUUAGCUCAUGAUGUGCCAAGUUCCUUGAACUACAAUUGUAAAUUUACUAUUUUAUAAUUAACUACUUUUUAAAAUCUUAGUACUAUUUUAUAAUUCACUAUUUUUUAUAAUUCACUAUUUUCAGGCGGGUCAUAAUGAAAGAAGAGUGCUUUUAAAUUUUUUAUCUGACUGCAAUAUUGUGAAACUUAUCAUCCGUCUGGUCACGUUAAAACCUGCAAAAUCGAAUGGGCAAGAACUUUUUAGUAAAUAUUUAUAUUAUCACUGUAUUAACACUCUGGCACAUAUCACAGACAAACGAUACAUUGAAAGUCCUUUGGAGCGUGUGAGAAACAUAAAAAUUAUCAGAGCAUACCACGGCAUACCAAGACUAGUGGAAUUUCUAGAUCCAGUGAACAAUGACCCUUUAAUGAUAUUUCAAACUUCAGAAGUCUUGAAACAUUUAGCAAAGGACAAACGAGAUAUGUGCAUUCGGAUAUACAAAGCUGACGGUCUUCGAAGAUGCCUGCAUUUCAUGAUGAGAAAAGAAGCAGACAAGAUGUUUGCAGACUAUUUGAAGGAGAACUUCUCAUCAAAAUUGUCCAUGCCUAAUGAGGAGGUUGAAAUUUUAGAUAAGUUUUACCUUGGUAAGAGACUUGUACUUAAAAAAACUGACCGUUACCCACAGCUUACAGGGUGUGAUCAUAGGAGAGACUGUUUUACAUAUAUGUCUGCGGAGUUACAAGAAAAUUGUGCAUUAAUUGUGUUUGAGGUGAGUGAAAAAGGCGAAUUUUAUUUAUUAUAAAAAAUUCACUAUCCAAUAUUUAUAAUUGUGAUUUUCCACACACUUGGAAAUCUCUGUGUGUUAAUUUAAGUUGUUGUCUGUUACAUUGAUUGUAAAUUUGUCUUGGUGAUCAAGGCUUAUUAAUGUUCUUUUAUGCCUGCGAGCAAAAUCCAAAAUGUGCCUACAAAAUUUCAUAACAUAAAUAAUGGUAAGAAUUUAAAAAAGCGCCUGCAAAAAUUGAAAAUGUGCCUGUAAGUGCUUGCUGCACGCUUGUGAUUUUAACAAUACAUAUUGUGAUUAACUUAUGGGAUUGUCAUAUUUGGGGAAACUCCUUGAUGCUACAUUGUCUUUAGAUAGUUGGUAAAUCUCAUUUCAUUAAGGGUUACAAUGAAGGUUACGAAUGAGAUUUGGAUAGUAAGAAAUGAUCCAUAUUUAUGCUAUGCAGUGUCUUAAUAGCUAUUAAGAUUUUACAUUUUGGGAGUGGAGUGUUUCUAAAUAUAAAAACAUCACAAAUCACAUGUGGUAUUUGGUUUAUUUUGCCAUGUAUUUCCUGUUUUGGCUGUAGUAAUAUGGCCAAUGUCACAGGCCUGAUGGUAUGGUGCCUGUACUGUUUUAAAGGGUUGUUCGAUGUAUACUAUAUUUAAUUGCUUGAUGUGUAUGUAUUUUCUUUUAUAACAUUAGAUAGUGUCUAAUCCUAGAAUUUCAAAACCAGAGAUCCUGAAAUUGAAGCCUUUUAUUAAGGUACUGUUGAAUCCUACGCUCAAUUUUUUUGCAAGCCAUCAUCUGUUAAAAUUGGGUCAUUCCAGAAAACAUCCAUACAGUACCUCUCCCACAUAGGAAAUUGGAUGUAAACCCCUGCCCCCUUCGGAUGUCCUAAUUAAUACACUUACUAUUAUCAGAAACAUUUUUUCUCCCCUCCCCCUCUGGAUGGCAGAAAUUUCCUCCAUGGGGGGAGUGUGGAUCUUUUCUGGAAUGACCCAUUCUGAAACCAUUCAGUGUUCUUCUUUGCAAGCUGUUUUCCUUUGACAUUAUUCCACAUCUCACCGAACCUUUUAUGGAUCUAAUUUCUCUGUUUCUCCGUGUUUUCAGGUUUUGAACAAAUGGUUUUCAACUCCAUGCAUAUGGAGAUCAGAACGGACAAUGCUGCAAGGCUGUUUUCACCUGCUGAGAGGUGUUCUCAAUGACGAGAAACCAGCUUUGACAGUUGAUGAAUUCCUAAAGAAUUAUGAUGUCUUGGAUUUACUUAAGCAACAUAGUAAGGCUCUCUUUCGGAAUGGAUUGUACUGUAAAAUCUAGUGACAUCUCUUUUAGUAGCAGUGCCUUAUGUUGUACCUUUAAUAAAGUGCUAUGUGAAGAAAAUGUCCCUUUUUUAUUGAUGUAACUACAGUAGGUGCUAUUUGUAUUGGCUUUUUUUGUUGCAAAAGGGAGAGCUGUGAAAAGGCAAGAAGGUCUUAAUACCUAACUUUUCCCUCUGUUUUGUAGUGUAUAACCCUGACCAGGAGGUUGUAUCCAGCGUUCUAAGUCUGUUGUCAGAACUCUCAAUGCAGUAUCCUACCUUGAGGAAAAAGUUUAUUGCAUCUCCGGUAGGUUAAUGCUAUAUAAAUAUAAAUUUUUGGAACUGUGUUGUUCUUGGAACUUUUUAAAAUCUUCUACAAACUUUAGGCUCUAUGUAAGUGGUAGGUCUAAUUUGUCAUAGGGUCACUGAUGUAAGUAAUUGACAUAAAAUGAUUAAACAAAAUUUCUCAAAUUUUUUUAGCUUUAUUCCAAGCUUCUACCAGUCUAUAUACAGUCAUUUGAUAUUCAGGUAAGAAUUUUCUAUGACUGUUCUUAAUUGUUUGAUUCAUAACAAUAUCUGUUGUCUUAGAUAUACUAACAGUUAUGCUUGUUGUCUUUUAGGUUCAAAUUUGGGCUCUCCAGACCCUUGUUUCCUUUGUCCAGAGUACAGCUGGUGCAAAACAUAUUCUUGACAUGGGAGUUACUGCAGAGAAGCUGUAUCUUCUUACAGAAUAUAAUUCGGUGUGUUUAUGUUUUAAUAAACUAUAAAUCAGUACUAUUAUCUCAAAAUAAACUCAAUGAAACAUCUUCUCUAGCUUCCAACAAAUGGACUGAUCAAGACUUUGAAGACAGAGAUGGAGCAAUUUUGUACUGAGUAAGAAAAUUUAUGUAAUAUGGGAAAAUGUUGGCAAUUUUAAAACUGAAGUGCCUAAAAUUGCAGGCCAUAAUUUUGAAGGUUAAGAAAUGAAAGUUUGGAUGUUACUCUUCGUACACAGUUUUCUAAAUUGGAUCUCUGGGUUCAUUUGUGUCUCUUAUUUCUUAGAAGUUUUCAUCGCUUGUCUAAUGGACAGUUGAUAUUUUUUCUAGUGCCACAGUUGAUGAGUCCUAAUGAGCUCUUGUCUGUUCAAGAGUUAUUUACGAUUUUAACCUCCAAAAGUUUCGUUAUAGUUUGUGCAUUAAUUCUACCAUCCUUUUUUCUAUAGAGAGUGGAAAAUAAGCGAGCGGAUCUUUCAGGAAGUUUUGUUGCCUCAGAAAUACAGUUUAGAACGAGCUCAGAAAUUCAAAGAAGAAGGAAAUUCGCGAUUCAAGGCUGAAGAAUACGAGUCUGCACUCAAAUGUUAUAGUUUAGGUUUGGACAGUGUGCCACCUGUCGAACACUUCUCCUUAAACAUGUCUUAUUCCCAUGAUUCGAAUUUUAAACCAUGGUAUGUUGCUGAGAUAUUCAUUACUAAUUAGUGAUAAUUAAUAGAUUACAGAACUCUUACGCACUUGAUCAAUUGAUCAUGUUUAUAUAUACCGAGAACCGGUGUAUAUAAACACGAUAUCACAGAUGAAAUUACAACACCUUUGUUACCAUUAUUAUUAUUAUGCAUACAGUGUGAAAUAAAAAUAACUGAAUAUGUUUAUCGAAUGAGCUAUGACUAUGUGGCUAUUGAAUGAAUUUAGCAGUUAACCUUAGUUUUUUUUUGGGAGGGGGAUAAGCAGCGGAAAACUAAUUUAUAAAAUUUGGCUUUUAGGUAUGUUUUGCCAUCGGUGUUGUUCACGAACCGAGCUCAGUGUUACCUGUUAAUGAACAAGUGGCAAGAAGCAAUUGAUGACUGUACACAGGCCAUUAUAAGAAGUUACGAAGGUAGGGACUCCCUUUCAUGCAGAUGAAGAACACCUAAUGGAUUAAGUAUUAAAAUAUCAAUUAGAAUAAACCAUAAACUGAGUAUAGUGAACUGUAAAUAUCAAAUAAAAUGAACACUGACGGUUAGAUCUUUGUUUUUUCAGACCAUGAGGAAGCGAAGAAAAUCUUAUUCAAGACAGUUUAUCGUCGUGCUCGAGCGUUCUCGGAAUUGAAAGAUUAUCGGCGCGCCCUAAAUGAUAUCUCGUUUUGUUUACGGUACAGCUCCGCUGCUUCGAAUGUAAGAUCAUUUUUCCGGGAGGUAAGAAGCUGAUUAUAUAUAUUGAUGAUACAUCAUCCAAUUCUGUUUAUUAUCCUCCAAAUACAACCUUACUACACCAAUGAAAAUGUUUCCAUUGAUAAUGAAACGUAUUAAUUCGUACAUUAAUAUUAUUUAUUUUAUAAAAUAUAAAGUCGGUAUGUUGAAUUUUAACAAUUCAUAUAUUAUACAGAUAUUUUAGAUGCUAUUUUUUUCCAGAUUUUGACGGCGUACCGGAAGGAGUUUGGGAUCGAGUCAUUACGUCGUUGCGGCACGUGUAUGGAGGGAGUGGGAAUGAAAUUAAAGCGGUGUGCAAAAUGUCCAGAAAUGUAUUGUUCACGUGAAUGUCAGACGCAUGCGUGGGAGGUAGAGGGACACAAACCAUUGUGCAACUAUACCCUGGACGAAACCAACAGCGAGUGAAGAGAUGAGAAGUGGUGCCAUGAUUAUAUAUCUACACGUCUUAUAUAGACGAUUGUAUUUUAAUAAUAUUCAUUGUAUAUUAGCUAUACUAUGGUAUCUAAGCUAAAGUAGUUCAAUAUUUAGACAAGGUUUUUAGACCUUUUCGAGUUCGAUCUUUGGGUCCAUCAACCGCAUAAAAGAUUACAUAGUUGCAGUAUUGAUCGUAUCUUAGUAGCUUUAUAUAUAUUGCUAAAUGUUUACAGCUUCAAUGAUCAGCGAUUAUCUGGAAGAUGGAAAUUUGUAUGCUACCAUCAACUACAUAAGAGAUCAUCUUGAUUGUUUUUAGAUUUAGAUGUUGUAGUUACGUUUAGAUGAUGGAAAUGUAUGAUUACCAUCAACAGCGUACAACAUUGUAUUGCUAAGUAGUUCAAUAAUUAGGGAAGUGAAACCUUUAGAGUUUCACUUCGUUUGGGUAUAUUACCAUUAUUGCAGACAAGAUGUAGCAGUACUGGUCGUAAUAGAUUCCAAUAUUGGCGAUUGUUUCGGAAGGUGAAAGUACAUGUAUUGGAAUGUGUGGGAUCCUUUGUAAUUUGAAGACUUUAAAUAAGACUUUUGCAGCCAUCGAGUUUCGUUCAGCAAACGUGGAAUAGAUUUGAGUAAAAAACCGAACUAAAAAAUGUGGGGGUAUGUUUGCAAACGAAGUGUCUGCCACUGUUAGUAAAAUUAAACAUAUGUGUACGACAGUGUGAUUUGUCCAUUCCAUGCGUUGUUGUAAGCCUGUAACUUAGGGAAUAAUUUGUAAUUUCAUUGAUUUUUCUUGAGUUGAUAAACUUUUGUGAUUUAAUCUGUUUGUCUGAUUUUAUUGGUUGUCGUAGAUAAACUUAAACUCCAGGUAGCUAUUGAGCUCAAAAUAGUGAAGAUGCAGAAAUGAUCCACUAGGCACUAACCUGGCCUAUAUUUUUCCACUGAAGAGUAUCGUUACCCUAUGCAGCUGGUCUAAAACACUUUGCAGAAAAAUACCAGAAGGGCAAGAAAAUUGCUAUGCUUAAUUAUAAGCAACAAUUUUUAGUUGAUUAAUUAACUGCAACAUGUGCUCCAGAAUCGCACAAAGAAAUGAGAUGUUUCCACUUUAUCGUUUCAAAUUUCUCUGUUUGGAUGUUUCCAGCUAUUUAUUUUUUUAGACUAAAUUUUGAUCUAGGCAAGAAUAAAAAAGUCCAUCAAAACUUUGCAAUUCUACUAAUUUUAACAUGCUCUUUCUAGCUGUGGUGAUGGACUUUGUUGUUCACUUGAAUUCACUUGUUCUUGCCUAGAUCAAAAUUUAAAUUUUAUAUAGCUGGAAUUGCCCAUUUUUGAAACUUCAUAGUUAAAAGUGGAAGCUAGCGUUGUCACCGUCACAUGACGUCAUCACAAACUGAAUGUCGUUCCAAGAAGGAAGAAAGAAAUUGAGUCGUAAUUGGGACGUCUUGUUUUAAAACGAACUAGGAUUGUGGAGUUUUAAGCGAGAAGGACUUAUUUUUGCUUUGGGCUAUGAAGUGGGAAUAUAAGGAGGAGCAUGCUUUCGAAAAGCGACGGGCAGAGGGCGAGAAAAUCCGCACAAAAUACCCCGACAGAGUGCCUGUGAGUAUAGGAUUGCACAACUUCGAAAAUUGUCAACAAUUUGUAAUAUUUGUUGAUAGUUUUAAAUUUCACCGACUGAAUCGUGUUAAAUAUUGUAUAUAUGUAGUGUACAAGUCUAGUUAACAUUGUAUAUAUUUGAGAUUAGAGAUAAAAAUUUCUAUUAGACGUAUUAUUAUUCAUAGGGUAUUACAAAUUUACAAUUUAUACCAAAUUUUCUCUUUUAUGGUUUCGAUUUAAUUAAAUAACAACAAAUGAGUAGCAUAACCCUCCUGGAAACUGCAUACACAUUGAAAGUUUAUCUACUUUAUAUACCUAAGGUAAUUUGUGAAAAAGCACCCAAGGCCAGAAUUGGAAAUUUGGAUAAAAAGAAAUACCUUGUGCCAUCAGAUUUAACAGGUAAAAAAAAUAUUAAAAUUACAGCAAGUUGUUUGGGUUACUUCAGCUAAUGAAGGGCAUCGAUACUUCAGAACAAUUGACAAGGGGCAAGCGAAUUGAACCACCUCUUUCCAUUCUAAUUAUUUGCCUCCAAAAAUACCAGGUUGCAGUUGAACCCCGCCAUCGUGAACAGUCAGGGAAAACAGAAAAACAGUUUGAGCAAGAUAAACAAAUCAGUGCCAAAUUUCUGUCUAACACCUGACAAUUUUAUUUGUCAAGGGGAGAGUGCUGGCAUCAGGGUGUUAGCUACAGUCAAAAGUUCUAUGUUGAAUGCGGUUUUCCCAAGGUCGCAAUUUCCCAAUUUGGGUCAACCAAAAAAUAGCAUAAAAAUUCAAUUAUUUUUUUCACAUCUGACAAUAGACCAGUACCGUAUCUUGCUGUCCAUCUUGCCGUCAAUAUGUUGUUAAUAUGCCAUUAAAAACAUAUUUAUAACUACAUUUGCUCAAAAUGUGGGAAAUGCCAUUUCAAAGACACAAAAAAUUGUCGUGAAAAAUUUUGAUAUGUCCGGAAAAAUUUUUUGGACCGCUAAAAUGGUACACUGAGCGAAAUUUUUUUGGCGACGGGGGGGAGGUCGCCCAAAAAAAGUUUUUCCGAGAAAAAAUUUUAAAAUAAAUUUCCCAAUUUCAGGUAAACGCGGAUUUUUUUUUACUUCUGGCUAACACCCUGGGCAUUCAAUGUGUUUUUAUUAUAAUCAGAUUACUUUACCUUAAAUAUAUUUCAGUUGGUCAAUUUUAUUUCCUCAUUCGAAAACGUAUCCACCUUCGACCAGAAGAUGCAUUGUUUUUCUUUGUAAAUAACGUCAUUCCACCGACAAGUGCUACCAUGGGCCAGUUAUAUCAGGAGCACCAUGAAGAGGACUUCUUUCUCUAUAUAGCAUAUAGCGACGAGAGCGUGUAUGGUGGCUUUUGA